AUGAGUAGUCUAUCAUUAUCAAAUACAUCAACAUCAUCUAAUAAUAAUAAUACAACUUAUGAGUUUAAGAUUAUAUAUUCUAAACAGGGAGUUACAAUAUAUCCAACAGAUGGUGAUAGUAAGGGUAUAGAGGGUGUGAUAUCACUCUAUUACUCAUAUGAUACUACUGCACCUGUAUUAUCACCCUCAAAGGCAUCAGCCUCUGACUCUGAAUCACUAUUACAACAACAGGCAAACACUCUAUCUGCAUCAACCUUGAUCACAAAGUCUGUUAUCCUAUCAUGGACUUGUAGUAAUAAGCCUGUCAGCACACCAGUGUCCACUCCGACAUCGUCAGAGGAUGACGAUCCAGUGGAGACUGGUGGUAGUUCGACCACAUCAACAACAACAUCAUUAUCAUCAUCGUACAAGUCAUCCAACCCAUUGGCACGUUCACAACCAAUAUCAAUUGGCAAAGGAAAGUCAACAUUAUCAAUGACAUCAUCAAUAGAGUAUCCAACACAGCAACAACAGCAACAGUAUCAACACAUAAAGAUCAAUACCAAAGAUAUACACUCAAUCAAGAAGUACACACCAACCAUUGGCACACCUUACCUCAUUGUUCUAAGUCGGAAUGGCACUGCAUUGCCACCAUUCUUCUUUGAGAAUGGAGGCGUCAAGGAGUUCAUCACUGCAAUCCGUUCAGUCAAUCCAAAUCUUAAGAAGUCAACAUUGGACAACAACCUAUAUAUGAUGAUGAUGGAAUCGAGUGAUUUGGCAGAGAUACAGACAAGUUCAUCGUUAAAGAGAAGUGAAUACUUGUCACCAUCUGGGAAUCCACCAAUAAUUGGAGCAUCAUACUCUUUGUCCUCUGUUGUUGAACAACAUUCAACAUCAUCAACGAGUAGACAGACGGCUGGACUCGCAUCACCUUCAUCUAUCAACUCAUCGACAGUGUCCAUGUCACCAAACACAUCAAAGACACCACUGUCCAACAGUCAUGGAUCAACACUUGAUACAGAGACCACCGUUUCCACAUCACCAAACACUCUGACACCCACCUCUGGCGAACCAGGAAGCGGUGGCAACAUCACCGCCAAGAGGAGGUUGACCAAAGAGAUUUCGUCCAACAUCCUCGAUAGCUUCACCAAAGUAUCGUUGUUUGCCAAGAAUGCUCAAAGGAACAUUCUAGAGGAACCAGCAAAGAAGAUUGAUAAUCACUUUAGGAACAUUACAUUUGGUUCGAGAAAGACCUCGCCUCAACAUAGUAACAAUACAAGCCUAAACUCAUCACUCAACUCAUCAUCGGACUUCUUCACACCAUUCAACUUGAGUACAUCAAUCGAUGAACCAGCAGUCAAUCGAAAUGAAUGUAAUCCACUGAGUGCCAAUGAGUGGUACUCCUACUUUGAUGAGGAGGGCCGUAUCAGUCUGGCCAGCCAACAGAUCAUGCAAAAGAAGAUAUUCUACGGUGGCGUACACGAGUCGAUAAGGGCCGAGGUGUGGCCAUUCCUGUUACAGUUCUACCCGUAUGAUUCGACACACUCAAUGCGCGAGGUUAUAAAGUACGAGAAGACCAGGGAGUACUACACCAUCAAGAAACAAUGGCAAUCAAUUACUGCCGAUCAAGAGUCACGCUUCUCAAAGUACUCAUCACGCAAGAAUCUCAUUGAGAAGGAUGUGAUCAGGACGGAUAGGACGCACCCAAUGUUCCAAGGCGUGGGCAUGGACAAUCCAAACUCAGUGCUCAUCAAGGAGAUACUGCUCACGUACUCAUUCUACAACUUUGACAUUGGAUACGUACAGGGAAUGAGUGAUAUGCUCACCAUCAUCUACUCUGUCAUUCAAAAGGAGGUGGAGUCAUUCUGGUGCUUCGUUGGCCUAAUGUCCAGGAUGGAGAUCAACUUCCACAAAGAUCAAAAUGGAAUGCACUCACAAUUGAACACUCUGUCCAAGCUUCUCAAGUUUAUCGAUCAAGAUCUAUACUGUCACUUUGAGAACAUUGAUGGAACAAACAUGUACUUCUUCUUCCAAUCGAUACUUAUAUGUUUCAAGAGAGAGUUCCCAUUUGAUCAGGUCAAGACAUUGUGGGAGGUGUUGUGGAGCAACUACAUGACCAAACAGUUGCCAAUAUUCAUGUGUCUGUCGAUAUUGGUCAAGGAGAGGACAUCGAUCAUAGAGGACAAUCUACAGUAUGACCAGGUACUCAAGUUAAUCAAUGGAAGGGCUGGCAAGAUGGAUGUCGAUGAUAUACUGUCAUUUAGUGAGUCCGUUAUCAAUUGCUUCAUUGCCAAGGUAUCGGCUGCACCAGACAGCAUCGAUCAGACUCUUCGUGUGCUUUGCGAAUCAAUCUACCAGUAUUAA